ACGUGUCCGUUGUCGCGUUAGUCGAAGUGAUUUCAUUAUCCGUGUUUUCUGUAUUUUUUGUGUAAUAUGAAGUGUUUUUACCGAUUCCAUAACAAUAGUCGCUUCUGACAAUGCAGGGAUACGUUCCCAAGCUAUACAAUUUCUCUCAACGUGCGUUCUGUGUGUGAAAAUCGGAGUCAUGUUAUAGUGCCGUGUUUUAAAGUUUAGGGAAAAAACAUGGAUGUGUCUCUAGAUAAGGAUUGGAAGAAAAAACUUGGAUUCCAAAUUAACUUUAAAUCGGAUUCCGAAGAAGACCCUGACGGUGCAGACGUCGUGAUGCGUCGCCCGCCGCCGUCGCGUCGCUCCACCGAAUUCUUACUCGACGAUGUCGGCGACGGAGCGGAAGCUGACCUACUUAGCAGCACGCCGCCGAGAGCGCUUAUCAGGAAAAAGGAGAAGGCUCGAAGAUGCUGUGUUUUUGGCAGGGAGAACAUUGACGAGGCGAGAUUCCAAAAAAUGAUGCGCGACAGAAGAAAUACAACUGUCUACGUGUCUUCCAACGAUUCUCCUGUCAUACCAGAGCGUUUAAAAAAGCGAUGGAGCUUAAAACGAUCAACCGAUAGAGACUGGAAGAUUGAGAUGGGACAGCGAGGAGAAACCAAGGCAGACUCCUUGCCUCUUACCGAAACACCAGCAAUACCUACUCUGGUAGAAUCCUGCAGCCGCUUCAUGUCCCUAACCUCGCGCCUCAAAUGUCGCGCCUCGCACGCCGAGCGCGACAGCGAGCGAGAGGCGCCUCAAGAACAGCUGCCAGAGUCCCGGGUCAACUUCCACCGAACCUUUAGCAUGCUCAUUAACAUGGGAAAUGUAGACAAAGGCUGUAGAAGAACGAUAAGCCGAGAAGAGCAAGUAUGGCAGAACGAGUUAAAAGACCUGAUAUGGCUGGAACUACAAGCCAAAAUAGCCGGCCGCACGCUGGCGCAGCAAGAUCACUUUCUAUGUUCUCAGAGAAACGUUAUACCUACUUUGAUUAAGAAUAUCAUUGAUUAUAAGUUUGUAAAUCCCAAUCCGUGCAAAGGCCGUUCUAAGCGGCUCUGUGCGGCGAACGGUUCGCGCGAAGAUCUCACAAACGAAGACGCUGAAGAUGAGACAGAGGAAGACAAGCUCGGCUGCCUCUCUUUCGACUGUCGCCUAUGCUCGUCCGCCAUCGGCGCCGCCAUGACGGAAGUUCGCACCUUGCUGGAGUCCUUCCACCGCGCCGGCGCUCUGUACCCCUCCACGCAGGCCAUGACCGCCGACCACAAGCUGCUGGCCACUAGUCUGUUUCAGAAUAGGAUCAAGGCGCUCUGUUUGUGGUACAACAUGGCGAUGCAUAUGCGACUGAAGAUUUUGUCAGUCCGUCGUCUUUUGGCCACCGUAGGGGCGAAGGGCCGGCCUACUAUGCCCGAGGACUAUCCUUGCGUCGAACCUAGCAUAGACGGAGUUCGCAGAGAUCGCGACGCAGAACAAUGCAGCCAGCGCCAAGUGCGCUUCAACUGCGACAACCCUACGAGCUCCACCAAUAGCGUCGAGAGUUGCCCCACGGAGAACCAAUCAGAGGCCGAGAAAGAACCGCACGUCGAAUCAAAGAGCGGCGCGGAGGAGCCAGGGGUGGCGCAAAGUGAUGGAGAGAAAAAUAAAGAUGAGACUGAUUGUGUUAUUAGGACAGAUGAAACCGGCCAAACUACACCCGAGAUCAUAAUCUCCGACGCAAAAUACAGCACCAACGACACCAGCACGUCGAGUGAGAGCGGCUACAUGUCAGAAAGAGAAAAAUGGUUCAACUGCAGUUCAUCUGAGUCUGUUUUCAAUGUCGGAUCGUUGGCAGAUCUGACAAGGUUGAGGUUGCUGGAGAAAUGCGAGGUUUCGCCUUACAGAGAGUAUCACUACGAGAUCCUGAAGAUCCAGGGAGUGCGUCGGUCGAUGAUGUUCAUACACAAACUGCGUACGAAGUUGCUGAACAAAGUCUACCUCACAUUUUUGCUGCCUGAGAGUACGUUGGACGAAUCGAGUAGGGAAGAAGAUCCGACGGACGCGUCAGACGAAAAGGACGACAAGACUCAAAGGUCUAGGGAAGGAGAAGACGAACAUGAGUUGAGGAGAUUCGGCUGCUGGUCCGAGGAAACCCUUUCAAUGGGGUUACCCUCGUACCGCAACCACUUCCUGCUGCUCAGCAGUAUUUGCAUGGAGGCCGUGCAUGACUACCUCACCCUGCGGCUGGAAGGCCGACCGGAGCAUCCCUCUUGUCUCACUAUAAAGCAGCUAAUCCACGAACUAAAAGAGGGUCUAGACAUUGCGACGACAAUGCGUCAAGCGUUCGUCGGCAACAUCGCGGUAGCGCUGCGCGGCUGCCGCGCCGGCCACGCCGCGAGACAGGACUUGUUGCUCAUCAUUAAGACCUUCGACGCCAGUGUGGAGGAUGUUUUCAAGCAAUACCUAUCCUACUUAAGUGCCAUGUCGGAAGUCGAGCACAUGCCCCGCUCGUGCUUAGAGGCCGAAUGGAGCUUCGUGGCUCGAGUGGCCGAGCGCGGUUCGUGGGUCAAAGACCUCGCGCCUGUCGCCUUCACUGACAUCGCGUGUAACCAGCUGAAUAGAGUAAUGAAACAGUUCGAAGCUAAGUUAAUACUAGUCAAUAAAGUGGAUAAGAAUUCUACGGAUCCUAACAGAUACGUAUUCUACACACUAUGUAGGGAAGCGCAAAGCGUGUUUGCGAGUGAGCGCGAGGCGGCUCUGCAGGCCGCGGCGUUCGCGCGCGCGCUCGCCUCGCACCUCGCGCGCGCCGGCGCGGGGGCGAGGCGCGCCAGGCGUACAAUAUACGAAAGUUUAUUCCAAUUACGAGAAUGCAUCGUCCGACACACCAUGGUGAUUCUUGAGCGAGCCAGUAAAAGCCCUCCUGAAGAAUUUCUCCACGAGGUCACAGAUGGUGUCGUGGCGAGGGUCAGAGACCUUCUGCUGCAGAUAUACAGACUUGGCUUCGAGUAUUUAAUAGAAAGAGCUAGGGAGAAUCCUCCCGAAGAAUUUCUCCACGAGGUCACAGAUGGUGUCGUGGCGAGGGUCAGAGACCUUCUGCUGCAGAUAUACAGACUUGGCUUCGAGUUCCACCGCGAAUGCUACAAAUUCGUUCACGGCGACAAGCCCGCGCCGCGCCGGCAGCGGCCCGCGUCGCUGCAGCCGCCGCGCGCGCGCCACGAGCGCGUGCGGCCGCGCCGUCCGGAGACCAUGCUAGUGCACGACUCCGUCAAUCCGAUGCCGCCACGCAUGACAUUCAUCCAACCGCGGCGCCCGGAGACCAUGCUUGUGCACGAGUCCGUCAAUCCGAUGAUACACAAAGAGCUACACCGUUUCGUGAACGAGCGGUUCGGCCCCACGUGCCGUCGGCCUCGCGCACCGCGCUGGCUACUACGCUCCGAGUCCGUCACUGAGGACGAACCAGACGGGACCUUCGCUGAGAUCGACUAUCCUGAGAUCAAGACCCAAGUCUCGAUAGAAGAGCUCCUAGGCUCCCCCCCACCCCCGCCACAGGCCCGGGUGGAACAAGAGACGCACACCGACGAGGAGGCCUGGAGCGCGGCGGUGGCUCGCGCUAUAGUGUGCUUCGCGCGCUGCUGGAUGCGAUUUGUUCUAGAGCGAUGCGAGCGCGGCCGAGGCCGGAGGCCUAGAUGGGCGAGUCAAGGGCUAGAGUUUUUAAUGCUGGCAUGCGACCCGUACAACACGAGACAUCUCACCGAUGAAGAAUUUGAGGAGCUGAAACAUCUAAUGGAUGGUUGCAUUUCCCACGUCAUCGGGUCGCGCUGCACGACUAAAGGUUCGGACUCCGAGCCCUCACCGCGGCCCCGACACCGGUUGCACAGUCCCUUGCCAAGUCAGUCAGGUGCUCCCAAAGAAAGCUUGACGCCUUCUACGCCGCCUGGAGAGCCCGAAGCGGCCCCGAACUUCAACGCACCCGACCCACAUGCACGCAAGAGAAGCGUCAUGGAAGCGAUAAAGAAGCUAGAUAUGUCCCGCGACGCGGCGCUGCGUUCCAUGAAAGCUGUCGGUCGUGUCGCCGAGCCGGCCGUGACGCAUGACUACGAGCCUCGUGUACGGCAAGUCACAUUCAAAUGGCAGCGGGGAUUGAAAAUCGGCGCUGGGACUUUUGGAAAGGUGUACACCGUAGUCAACACGGAAACGGGGCAGCUACUCGCCAUGAAGGAAGUGAGCAUCGCCGCGGGCGACCGGCGCGCCAUGCAGCGCGCGGCCAACGAGCUCCGGGUACUCGAGGGGGCGCAGCAUCCCCAUCUAGUGCGGUACUAUGGGAUAGAAGUACAUAGGGAGGAAAUGCUAAUCUUCAUGGAGCUAUGCGUUGAAGGUUCUCUUGAAACCUUGAUAGCAACAUCUGGCGCAUUACCUGAACAAACAGUACGGCGGUAUACAGCGCAACUCCUCAGCGCAGUCUCCGAGUUACAUGCGAGGAACAUAGCGCAUAGGGAUAUUAAGAGUGGCAACAUAUUUCUGAUGAACGAAGGCCACUGCCUGAAGCUGGGCGACUUCGGCUGCGCGGUCAAGAUCCGCGCCACCGCCACCGCCGCGGGCGAGCUGCAGGGAUACGUCGGCACGCAGGCGUACAUGGCACCCGAGGUUUUCAUGAAAUCGGACGGGCACGGGCGGGCAACAGACAUCUGGUCGCUCGGCUGUGUCACCACCGAGAUGGCUUCCGGCAAGCGUCCGUUCCCCGAAUAUGACAGCAACUACCAAAUAAUGUUCGUAGUCGGCAUGGGCGGCCGACCGCACAUACCCGAGACACUCUCUGAAGAAGGACAACAGUUCUGCUUGCUCUGUCUCACACACGACCCAGACAAGAGACCGAAGGCUGAGGCCCUCAAGCUACACCACUUUCUCAUGGUGAAAAACGACGAAUGCUUUGAAUGCAAGCCCGGUAAGUUCCUAUAGACCGCGAUUACGACCUAUCAAAAACUACCAUCACGCUCAUAAGGGUACGGCCUUGUGGCGAGCGGCGAGCGGAGCGUUCGACUAAGCGGGCAGCGUGGCGUCGGGCUCACAAGUGAUGUGAGCAGCGUGCACUAAGGCCGCUCCUAUACGUUUGCAUUUGUUGAACAUGCACGCCGCACGCCCCGCCCCGCUGCACGCCCAACUCGAGCGUCCACUCAGGCCUUACACUAAGGGCUAAUUUAGACUGCAAGCGAACUCAGCAUGCGAUUUAAGUUACAUUGCGGACUAUUGAGGUUACAACCAAUUCGGCCGACCGAUCAAAUACCGCAAUAUAAUGAAACUCGCAUGCGAUUUUUCGCACCGUCUAAAUCAGCCCUUAAGGGUACGGCCUUGUGGCGAGCGUCGAGCGGAGCGUUCGACUAGGCGGGCAGCGGGGCGGCGAGCGCCGAGGGGAUUACGGCGGCCGCUAGCUGGCGCGGACGCGUGCGACGGGUGUUACUUACACCCGCACCGGCGUGCGUGCGCGUGCGCCUGCUCCGUGCACCCGCGUGCGAGCGCAUGCGCCCGCUCCGUGCAACCGCGCACGCGACGCGGACGCCCUUAUACAGCGACAACCUCCAACGUUUUGUUGACUAAUUGAAAUGUGCGGUUGUAUUAUUAAUUGAGUAUGUAUUUUUAUGUAGAUAAAAAUAUUGUUUAGACAUUAAGGAUUGCAAUAAGUCCAAAUUUGUGCAGCAAUGCAGGUUUAUAUUCAAAGUGGACGAAAACUAGCACAAUGACCCUAAUUAUGGUACUACAUAUAUUGUAAUCAUUCUAAGAACAAAGUAGACUGUGUAAAUUAUUUUUACCCUUAGAGUAACUCGAUCCGGCCUAUAGCUUGUAAUACAAGUGAAAGUCCCUUUCUAACAAAAGAUGUCAAAAAGGGACUUUCACUUGUAUUACAAGCUGCAAGCUGUUAUUAAACGGACCCCUAGUCUCAUUGUACAAGUUGGUGGCUUCAAUUGUGCUUUAGUUUAGUAAUAGCAAAUAUAGAUAUAACUCCGUAAUAGAUGGAUACAGUCUCAGGAAAAAACGUGCCACGAAAAUCACGAAAAUUUGAUUCUCGAUCAGAUGGCGCCACUACCUUUGGCCUACUCUCGUAUAGAGGGCGUUGACGGUUUCGUUUGUUAUUUAACAAUUUUAACGGUGAAAGAACAUGGGUCAAAAUCAUAUAAAAAUAAUUAAGAGGCCGGUGUCGAUUUUAGUCGCAAAAAUGUAAAAUUGAUAGAUUUCGUCGGUGAAAUUGUACACCUUUUGUUACCUAAUUAAAAUAACAAGUACUGGUUUCUAUUAGCACGUCUUCUUAUCUUACCUUUUAUCAGAUAAUUUUUUGAAAACAGACUCACUAAAUUAGUAAUGUUUGCUUUUCUGAUGGACGUUUAGGUAAACGCGCGUAAAACACAGAUUUUGUCGCUCUUAUUUGUAAAUUUCGUAAAGUGUGGACGGCUAAACAUGGUAAUUUUGUAUUAUACAUAUCCUGUACUUGACGUUUAUCAGACUACAUUUUUAUUAUUAUGACUUUGAAGUAGUGUAAAUGAAAGUUAGACGAAAUCAAUUUUCUCCAGAGAUUACUUCAAAACAAGUGACAAUUUCUCUGAAAAUCGACUUAUUUUCAACGUAAUUUUGAUACUUAAACAAUCUACAACAUUUGCUGAAACUAUUCUUAUGCAUGAAUUUGUAUAAUUUACCACCAUAAAUUUUUGAUGAAUUUUUAAAAACUGCCCCUUUUCAUAUGUUACCGGUGACGCACGCUCCCGACCUCAUUAUUAAAAGGCAAGAUGAGAACACGUGCUAAUAGAAACCAAUACUUGUUAUUUAGAUAUUACGUAACAAAACGUGUAUAAUUACAACAACUAAAUCUAUCAAUUUUAAAUUUUUGCUCCAAAAUCGACUACGGCCUCUUAAUGCAAAUAAAAAAAUCAUUUAUCUAUAUUUAACUACAUUUUAUCGUAUUUUUAUAAAUAUUCAUAUUUAGUUUCAGUGUGUCGAUAGAUGGCAGUGAAUUUACUGUGGUUACAAAAUUUACUAUGACAGUACCGCUCUAUCUUACUAUAUCCUGUUUGGUAAUAGUAGUAGUAUAGUUUACACUAUGUAAUAAUUUUCCAGAUUUCAAGAAAACAUACAUUCCAAAUCCUGAGGAUUAUGUGAUAUUGAUUACCUUCUUUAUAUGUUAUGUGAAUUAUGGAUGGUAUAGAAAGGAUGCCAAUCUCUUAUGGCAGAAUUGUUGCAAAAGUGACCGCUUUCAGCUUUAAAUAAUAGUUCCUAAUCUCUCCGGUGGCGGUAGUUAGGCUCUGGGACAUGAGUAUAACAUGAACCAUAUAAGGUAACAAAUAACCCGACCAAAUUACGUAGGUUGUUUUUGGUAGUAUUUCGGUGUAUGGUGGCGCCGCCUAAUUACUGUUUUUUGAUGGACACUUCGUACAUAGAGAUUUGGCUCCUUUAUAUAGUCUCCAUGAUGUAAAUGUUCAUGCCAUGCCAAGUGUCAUGUAAUUUAUGCAUGUCGCUUUAAAAUAAAAGCCUAACUUCGUUUGUAUGGGAGCGGCUUUUUUGCGGCGGGUUCGUAUGACUCAGCGCCACUUGCACCAUCCCACUAAUCGGUUAAACCGUUAACCCGAUGUCAAAUUAUACUGGUAACCAUGGUAUAGAUAGAAUCAUUUCAACUGAGCUCAUGCACUUACCUGUAGUAACAAUGGCAUUGUAUUAUUACAAUACUGUUAUCUGCUUUUGUUCACGUAGCCGCCAACCAGUUACUUACAAAAUAAGUUAGAAGUGCAUUGCAUGUAUAUUGAAUUUUUAACCUUAUUCCUUGUUGAAUGGGGUUAAAAUGGUCUAAAAAGAUAAUAUCGUAUUCAAUCUUUUGUGAAAUCAUAUCCACCUUAGCCACUUUGAGUGUCGACGGUUGUAAAAUGCACAAAAAGUUAUGUUAGCCAUUAUUUAGUAGUCUAUUAUUAAAGUGUAUUUUGUAGUCUAUUGUUAAAAAAAUUGAGUCGUUAAUCUAUACUAACAUUUCAAGGCGGUUAUAAUCUGCUUAUACUACGAGGUAGUUAUCCUAAUUUGUGGUUUACCACUCGAAUGGCAUUGUAUUCUUGAGACUCUUUGAGUAAACAGGUAAGUGCAUGAGCUCAGUUGAAAUAAUUUUAUCUAUAACUCCAGGUUUAACCAGUUAACCCCGUGGUGCCAAGUGGGCCAUAGCAAAUAAUAGUGAUGUAUUGCUCCGUACAUGCGGUUAGUCUGGUUGUCAAAAAUGAAUGUACAAUCCAAUGAACACAAACUUCAGCCGGGCGUGACUCACUCCGCGGCUUCGUCGCGUCGCUACAAGUACACGCGGCCCACACCAAUUUUGGUGUCUAGCCAUAGUAGUUGCCGCGCACCGCUACGGAACGGACGCCUGCUCGCGCUUGCGCCACCUAGCGGCCACAUUUGUCGUAAUACACGCGUUUGUUUGAAAGUGAAUCUUCUGUAUCUAGUACUAUUAUUUAUUUUGUGCUUCUGCUGUGAAAGUCUGGACACGAUUUUUUUAUUUAGAUUUUUCAACUAUUCUACUUUUUUUUUUUUUUUUAGCCUACUAAGUGUCCCACUGCUGGGCAAAGGCCUCUCCCCUUGAUUUCCACGACUCCCGAUUUGGUGUUUCCUCCGGCCAGUUGUUCAGGAAGCUGUCCAGGUCAUCCCGCCAUCUCCGUUUGGGCCUGCCCCGUCCACGUCCCUCUACCGGCAUCCAGUUGGUUGCUAAGCUAGCCCACCUCUCCGGAUGCAUGCGAUGGACGUGACCGGCCCAGUCCCAUUUGAGCCUAGCGGUUUUCUCGCCUACGUCAGCGAUGCCGGUUUUUGAGCGCAGCGUGGUGUUUCUUAUGCGAUCAGCUAGUUUAACACCUAGAAUGCUGCGCUCCAUAGCGCGUUGGCAAACCUUUUACAGUACGGUUUUUACUCACUAUUAUUUUUAGUCGCUUUUGGCGACAUGUUAAAAUAAAAUACACAUGAUAAAUAUUUUGAAAUAUGUCUCACGAUAGUUUAAGUGCGAUCAAUCCAUACUAGAUAGAUAGAUAGAUAGAUAGAUAAACUGUUUAUUUGUUGUGUACUAAUAUUAUAAAUUCGAAAGUCUGUCUGUCUGUCUGUGUGUUACCUCUUCACGCUUAAACCGCUGAACCGAUUUCGUUGAAAUUUGGUAUACAGAUAGUUUGAGUCCCGGGGAAGGACAUAGGAUACUUUUUAUCCCAGAACUCACCCCUCAAGGGGGUGAAAAGGGGGGUGGAAAUUUGUAUGGGGAAUCAAUAACCGCUGAACCGAUUUAGAUGAAACUUGGUAUGGGGAUAGUUUGAGCUGUGGGAAAGGAUAUAGAAUAAUUUUAUUCCCCAAAUCAUCCCUUAAGGGUGUAAAAAAUGGGGUGGAAAUGUAUAGUGUGGACCAAUUUGACAAGGAUGUAUUAACAAGCAGAUUUGUUUAAGAAUUAAGGUACCCAAAUUACUAAUUCCACGCAGACGAAGUCGCGGGCAAAAGUUAGUAUUAAAAUAUUAUGAAAAUGUAUUCUUAAAACUACUUAAGCGGAAGUGUGCAAAUGAACAAAUGCAUUUAUAGUUGGUUUUUUAUAAUAAUGAACUUUUCAACUAUGAAAUUUAAUUUUUAUGUAGUAAUAAUUUCUUUAUGAAUAAUAUUGAUGAUGAUGAUAUUUAGGUCACAUUGGUUUCAUUAUAGUUAUCUCAUUAGUAAUGUGAUUUUAAGCGUAAAUUAUAACAAUAUAAUGAAUUAAAUAUAUUUUUGACAAAUCUAAAAUAGGCCCUUGAGGCAUUGUACCAAGGAUGCUGGCGGCAUUUCCUCGCUGUAUCGCAAUGCUGAUACGUUGUGCAAGGAAGCCGCCAGCUCUUUUGACUAGAUGAAAUUCUGUGUUGUUUUAUAUAUUUGUAGCUAUUAUAACAUUAUUAGUUUUACAUAUACAUGAAAUUUAAAACUUACCAAAAAUGUAAGGCCAGAACUGUUUAGAUUGUUUUAAGAAAUAUCAUUCAUUUAUUUUAUGAUAAAUCCCUGAUUCUGUUACACAUUAUAUUAGGGAAUGACGUAUAAGUUGUUGAGACGUUAAUUGUUAUAUGUAUAUAUACUUGUUUCAUCUUGGACGAUUGAGGAAGUAAUAAAUAAUCAAUCAAAGUA